AACCCAGCGCAUUCAACCUUGCAAGUACUUGCCUGCCUGUUUGUCAACUACCUGGUCUGGGAACGUCACCACUCGGCCACAUCUGCAACAAUGAGCAGGAAGCUUAUCAUUGCUGGUUUGGUGGCUCUGCUGCUCGCGGCUCUCUGUGUCUUCCUGGGCGUCUUCCUGGGGCUGGAAUCAAGGACGUCCUCGUCCAUCUACUCCUACCCCAGAGCUGCGGUGGCAACGGACGCGGGAAAAUGCUCGGAGAUUGGGAGGGACAUUCUCAAACAGAAUGGCUCGGCUGUGGAUGCUGCUAUUGCUGCCAUGCUGUGUGUGGGGCUGAUGAACGCACACAGUGCAGGCAUAGGAGGAGGGCUCAUCCUAACUAUUUACGAUGCCUCCACAGGCAAAACAGAAACUAUUAAUUCCAGAGAAACGGCACCGAGGAAUGCAACAGAGGACAUGUUUGGGAACAACACAGAACUACCCAAGGAAGGUGGACUGUCUAUAGCUAUCCCAGGUGAGAUACGGGGCUACCAGAUGGCACACCAACGUCAUGGCAGGUUACCAUGGAAACAGCUUUUCCAACCCAGUAUUGAACUGGCGAAGAACGGGUUCCCAGUCAGCAGGGCUCUGGCAAACGCCAUCAACGAAAACAAGACGAAAAUAGAGAAAACUGUUUCUCUAUGUGAAGUAUUUUGUAACUCAGAGGGAAAAAUCCUGAAGGAAAAAGACACAAUUACAUUUCCUAAGCUAGCAGAAACCUACAGAAUUAUAGCCGAGGAAGGCCCAGACGCCUUUUACAAUGGAUCUCUGGCACAGCAGAUAGUCAAGGACAUUCAAGCGGCAGGUGGGAUUAUAACUCUGGAGGACCUCCGAAGCUAUCUUCCUGAACUGACAGAGAAUGCGCUACAAAUCAAUAUCGGAGAAUAUAAAUUGCGUGUCCCAGACGCCCCCUCCAGUGGUCCUGUACUUGGUCUCAUCCUAAACAUACUGGAUGGAUAUAACUUCUCCAAAGACAGCGUGUCAACCACAGAGAAGAAGAUUCUGUCAUACCAUCGGAUCCUGGAAGCCUUCCGGUUUGCAUACGCCAUGCGAAAAAUGCUGGGAGACCCGCGCUACCUCAACAUCACAGAUCUCAUACACAAUAUGACCUCUGAUUAUUUUGCUGAUGAUAUAAGGAGUAAAAUCUCAGACGACACGACCCACCCUGUCCAGUAUUACAGUCCAGAUUUCUACUUUCCUGAUGACCAUGGGACCUCACACCUCUCAGUUGUAGCUGAAGAUGGGAGUGCAGUGGCAGCUACGAGCACCAUCAACUUCUACUUUGGGUCGAGGGUACGCUCCCGAACGUCUGGUAUACUAUUUAACAACGAGAUGGCUGAUUUCAGUUUACCCAUCUUCGAAAACGAUUACGGGGUGCCUCCUUCACACAACAACUUCAUCCAGCCAGGUAAAAGACCCCUGUCCUCCAUGUGUCCGUCCAUUGUGUUUGACAAAAACAACGACGUCAAGAUGGUGGUGGGUGCAUCUGGGGAUACAAAAAUCACCACGGCAACGGCACUGGUAAUACUGAAUGCGCUGUUUUUUGAGUACGACGUGAGAAAGGCUGUGACAGAACCCCGAAUCCAUCUCCUGUCCAACAUCACAGUGCUGGAAAAGGACAUGGACAAGAGUAUAAAAGAAGGGCUUGAGUUGAAGCACCACGAGAUAAAUCAGACUAUCGACUCCCAAUCGAUAGUGCAAGCCAUCGUGCGCCACGGCAGUAUGCUGCACGCAGAGUCGGACUACAGGAAGGGGGGCUACCCUGCGGGCUACUGAAGACCCUCUCACCCGCUCAGCUGCAGAACCUUGAGAAGCGGCUUCAAUCACAAGACAAGGACCAGCAGCAGGGCACGCUCAGAACGGGGAUUUCUUUACCAGAAUCGGCUUGCACUGCUGGUAACGAUCAGGACUUGCGGGUUUGCAUUACUCACGCCUUUGAAGAUUAUUUUCCAGUGCAAGCCAGCAUUCCUAAGUACCUUAUGAGAACCAAACAUGCUAAAUGCAAGUGCAGCAAUUCAUAACUGAAACUGUGAGGCUGUUAAUAAUAAAUGCACAUAGUCUUUGUUUAUUAAAGAAAAUAAAACA